AUGCACCAGGUAGAUGGUCUGCAGCAGAGCAGGAAAUAUUUUCAAUACAUUUCGGAUGUUAUCUUAAAAGAUUUUUUAGCUUUAAGGAGGGUCCAGCUCACUGUUGAGUGGGGCCAUCUCUGGACAUGUGACCCUGAUUUGUAUAAGGAAUGUGUAGCUGAGAAGGCCAUGGGGAGCAAGCCACUGUUAACAGAGCUUAAAAUUGGUAUUCUUGGAUUACCAAAUGUUGGGAAGUCCACCUUCUUCAAUGUCUUAACCAAUAGUUGUGCUUCCACAGAGAACUUACCAUUCUGCACUAUUGAUCUUAAUAAGAGUAGAGUGCCUGUGCCAGAUGAGAGGUUUGAAUUCCUCUGCCAGUAUCACAAGAUUCCUGCUUUCCUCAAUGUAGUGGAUAUUGCUGGCCUUGUGAAAGGAGCUCACAAUGGGCAGGGCUUGGGGAAUGCCUUUUUAUCUCGUAUUAGUGCCUGUGAUGGGAUUUUUCAUCUAACAUAUGCUUUUGAAGAUGAUGAUAUUACACAUGUUGAAGGAAGUGUAGAUCCUAUUCGAGAUAUAGAAAUAAUUCAUGAAGAGCUUCAGCUGAAAGAUGAGGAAAUGAUUGGGCCCAUUAUAGAUAAACUAGAGAAGGUGGCUGUGAGAGGAGGAGAUAAGAAAUUAAAGCCUGAGUAUGAUAUAAUAUGCAAAGUUAAAUCCUGGGUUAUAGAUCAAAAGAAACCUGUACUCUUCUAUCAUGCCUGGAAUGACACAGAGAUUGAUUCAAAACCAAUGGUCUAUUUGGUUAAUUUUUCUGAAAAUGAUUAUAGAAGAAAGAAAAGCAAAUGUGGGGACUUGGAACUCAAGUUGCAAAAACUGAGUGCCAAGGAGAGACAGAAGUAUCCAGAAGUGAACAUGACACAAAGUGCUUUGCCAAAGAUUACUAAGGGUGGGUUUGCAGCACUCCAUGUACACUACUUUUUCACUGCAGGCCGAGAAGUGUGUGUGUGGACCAUCAGGAAAGGAAUGUAA